CGUUGCUUAUAGUUGCGGUCGUUUUUUGCAGCGUUUUGCCGUUUCUUUGUGUGAAAAUGCCAGAUCCAGCAAAAUCUGCUCCGGCUCCCAAGAAGGGCUCCAAGAAAGCUGUUACGAAAGUGCAGAAGAAGGAUGGGAAGAAGCGUAAACGCAGCCGGAAGGAGAGUUAUUCCGUUUACGUGUACAAAGUCCUGAAGCAGGUUCAUCCUGACACCGGUAUCUCGUCCAAGGCUAUGGGCAUCAUGAAUUCUUUCGUCAACGACAUCUUCGAGCGCAUCGCCGGCGAGGCCUCCCGACUGGCGCAUUACAACAAGCGUUCGACCAUCACGUCCCGGGAGAUCCAGACGGCCGUGCGCCUGCUGCUGCCGGGCGAGCUGGCCAAGCACGCCGUGUCCGAGGGCACCAAGGCCGUCACCAAGUACACCAGCUCCAAGUAAGGGCACGCAAGGAACGCGACAAAACAGCUAUUUUACCCCAAAGGCUCUUUUCAGAGCCACUUCAGUUA